CUUUUUGUCCUCUCGGCUCGCCGUCUGUUGCCCUGGUGAUUAUGACGCUAGGCUGGCUUUUUCAGAUUAGCCUCUUUAGCUGAAACAUCAACUACAGGGGGCCAUCAGACGUAAGCGAUAACCUGCAGCCAUGGCGUCUGUUUUAGAUGCGCUGUGGGAAGACCGCGACGUUAGGUUUGACAUAACUGCACAGCAGAUGAAAACUCGUCCCGGAGAGGUACUCAUAGACUGCCUGGACUCAAUUGAAGACACGAAAGGAAACAACGGAGACCGAGGACGGCUCCUGGUGACAAAUCUGAGAAUCAUUUGGCACUCGUUGGCUCUACCAAGAGUCAAUUUGUCUGUAGGUUACAACACCAUCAUUAACAUCACAACAAGGACAGCCAAUUCAAAAUUAAGAGGCCAAACUGAAGCCCUCUACAUUUUGACCAAGUCCAACAACACAAGAUUCGAGUUUAUUUUUACAAAUGUGGUUCCGGGGAGUCCGAGACUUUUCACCUCUGUCAUUGCUGUCCACAGGGCCUAUGAGACUUCCAAAAUGUACCGGGACCUGAAACUGCGAGCUGCACUGAUUCAAAAUAAGCAGCUUAGACUCCUGCCCCGCGAGCAAGUUUACGAUAAAAUUAAUGGAGUGUGGAAUUUAUCGAGUGAUCAGGGUAACCUUGGAACCUUCUUCAUUACCAAUGUUCGGAUUGUGUGGCACGCCAACAUGAAUGAAAGCUUCAAUGUCAGCAUUCCUUACCUACAGAUUUGGUCUAUCAGAAUAAGAGACUCAAAGUUCGGCCUGGCCUUGGUGAUAGAGAGCUCGCGCCAGAGUGGAGGGUACGUGCUUGGGUUUAAGAUUGACCCAGUGGAAAAGCUUCAAGAUGCACUGAAAGAGAUCAACUCCUUGCAUAAGGUGUACUCUGCCAACCCCAUCUUUGGAGUGGACUAUGAAAUGGAAGAAAAGCCGCAGCCAUUGGAAGAGCUCACAGUGGAACAGCCUCCCGAUGACGUGGAAAUUGAGCCUGACGAGCAGACAGAUGCUUUCACUGCCUACUUUGCAGAUGGCAAUAAGCAACAAGACCGUGAGCCGGUUUUCUCUGACGAGCUCGGCCUCGCCAUUGAGAAGCUAAAGGAUGGCUUCACUCUCCAAGGGCUGUGGGAAGUAAUGGGUUGAAAUAACACCAAACAUAUGGACUCUGUGUACAUGUUGUGUUUGUAUAGAUAUUAUUUAUAGUUCAGGUUAAAAGAUGUACAGUUUUGUGAGUAUUUUUUUCCUAAAAAGUAAAUUGUGAAGUUAACUAUAUGAAAUGAAUUCUUGUAGUGAAUUGGAUUUAAUAUAAAUAAACAUAUUUAAAAAGAUGA